AUGAGUACCAACCAAAACACCACCUUCUUCCCCACUCCACAUGGCCAAAUAACCACUUCUAAAUUUAUUAAUACCCAGGAUCCAUCUCAAGCCACAAAUCAAGGCAAUAAUGAUAUUAGGAAAAAGCACUAUAGAGGAGUUAGGCAAAGACCUUGGGGGAAAUGGGCAGCUGAAAUAAGAGACCCUAAGAAAGCAGCAAGAGUGUGGCUUGGCACCUUUGACACAGCAGAAGCUGCAGCUUUGGCUUAUGAUGCUGCGGCAUUGAAGUUCAAAGGAAACAAAGCCAAGCUCAAUUUUCCGGAACGCGUUGCUGUGCCACUACCACCAACAAACACCACUUCUUCGGCUUCUGCACAACCAUCUUCUCUCACACCUCCACCACAUGUUGGCGGUGAUCAUCAAACUCUACAACAAAGUAGUGGCAAUAGUUCUCUUUUAGUGUCACCACCAACAUCAGAAGAAGCAGAAGGGUUUCCAAGUCUGAUGGAGUAUGCACGGUUGCUGAAAUGUAGGGAUGAUGAUGAUUUCCAACGUGUCGCAUUGGGGCUUUACCAGCACCAUCACAAUGAGGAUCUUGUCUAUGGUUCAUCCCAGCCACCACCUGUGCCUUUUUUUGUGUCUUCUUCAUCGUCUUCUGCGUUGGCAUCAUCAACUUCUGAGGGUGAUGUUGGAGGCUAUGGUUCUUAUGGAUUUUUUGGUCAAGGAGGAAGUGGUUUUGAUGAAGGGAACACGAGGGGGUCAUAG